AUGUCGGGCUCCGUUCCGACGUCGCUGGCGGGCGGCGUGGGAGGCGGCAUCGGCAACGGCGGCGGCGCCAGCAAGAAGAAGCACCGCCGCAACAGGACCACCUUCACCACCUACCAGCUGCACGAGCUCGAGCGCGCCUUCGAGAAGUCUCACUACCCGGACGUCUACAGCCGCGAGGAGCUCGCCAUGAAGGUCAACCUGCCCGAGGUCCGCGUACAGGUGUGGUUCCAGAACCGGCGCGCCAAGUGGCGACGGCAGGAGAAGAUGGAGGCGGCGCGUCUGGGGCUGGGCGAGCUGCCGGGCGGCUGCGGCGUGCGCGCCGGGGGCGGCGCCGGCGUGGGCGUCGGGGGCGGGCCGAGCCUGGCGCUGCCCGUCGACCCGUGGCUGGCGCCGCCGCUGCUGUCGGCGCUGCCCGGCUUCCUGGCGCACCCGCACACCGGCUAUCCGAGCUACCUCACGCCACCGGAGCCCGCCCCCGCGCCCGCCCCCGCCUCGGCGCCGCGGCCGCCGGACCCGCGCUCCUCGUCCAUCGCCGCGCUGCGCCUCAAGGCCAAGGAGCACGUCGAGUCCAUCUCGAAGGGCCUGCAGAUGGUCUAA